AUGAUUGACCAUCACCGGCAGUUCAACAAAGGAUUCCGCACGAGCAUCAAAAUAGAACUGUGUGAGCAUCAUGCUGGCAAACCUGAUUUCUAUACUACUGGAGACUGUAUCGAUGGCUAUGUGUGGAUUACCAUUGAUCACCUUCUCGGACCAGAAAUGGUUGAGGUUGCCUUUCGUGGGCAAUCACGAAUCGUGGAUGACUGGGUGCUUCUACCUGUUAGUACGUUCAGGCAACAAAGCUUCCUGGAGUUACAACAGCCCAUCGAAAAUGACGCAUUCAAACCCGACCAAGUCUUGAAAGACGGGUUCGUAUACAAGUUUCCUUUCAAAUUUAUAGUGCCAGAUGAGCUGCCUAUUCACGCUUGUCUGAACAAAGGAAAGCACUGCAAAAUUGAUCGGAGUCAUCUGUUGCUUCCACCGACCCUCCGCCGAGACGACGAGAAGAGUCCCUUGAGGUUGAAGGAUUCGUCCUCUGGCAAAAUCGGAAUCACAUAUUCUGUACAGGCAAAACUGUUGAGACAGCACGCAGAGGAGGAUCAACCAAAUGAGCCCUUGGAAUCUGCGUUGAUGCUUGUUCGAAUCAUUCCUGCGCUAAAGGAGAUGCCUCCUGCCUAUACUGUUGAUCACUUGCAAUUUUGUCCCCCGUCCUUACGCCCUUUGAAAAUAGCUUCGUCGCAAACUAUCAAAGGGGCCUUCAAGGGCGCCUAUCUUGACUGGUGA